GGUUCUGUUCACGACCGGUGUAACAACACGGGCUUCUGCCAGUGCAAAGACGGAGCCAUGGGGGCCAAAUGUGACGACUGCCUGCCAGGAUUCUACUGGAAACAAGGCUGUUACUCUAAUGUGUGUGAUGAGGAGAUGCUCCUGUGCCAGAAUGGAGGGACGUGCUACCUGAACCAGAAGUGCAUCUGUCCUCCUGAGUUUAAAGGGGUGCUGUGUCAACACUCGCGCUGCGAGGCGGGGAAGGACUGCAACGGCGCCUCCUCGCCGCACCUCUCCGUGGCCACCCUGCUGCUCUGCACCCUGCUGACCUACUCGCUGGCCACAUUAACACACCACUGAGCCGCGAAAAAGCUCAGCUCAAAUCGAGGAGUGUGUGUUGGGGGGACAAGAUGGGGACAAACAGACAAGUUGUGGACCCCAAACCAAAAAUAAAAGGCACUCAAUUAAGCGCACGCUCUCACCGAACACUACCUAAGCCCUUGCAAACACAGACGCACACACCUCACAGGACUGUUAAGACACCAAGCGUGUGCUCAGGUGUGAGAACAAACACAUCAGAGACAAGAGAUGCAGUUAAAGGGGAAGGAAAUCCUACCAACCACUGUUCCCUUUACUUUUCAGCUGGAGCAAUGUGCAUCAAACCAAAAAGCAUAAAAGAACACUUAAAUCACCACUGUUUCACUUCAGAGGGAAUGGCUGUUGUAACCACACGGACCUUUUGUUCUUCUUUAUGGUUGAGUUAAAGAUCUCUCCUGUGUUAGACUGACAGCUAACGUGUGUGUGAGUGUGUGGUCCGACUCAGUGAGGGUGAAACAUGUCGGCUUGACGGACGGGUCAAAAGGAGCUCGUUUAAUUCUGCUGCCUCGGCCUGCACAAUAUAAUAGCCAGGUUUCAUUUCUUCUCAACAGAUGAGACUUGAUUUCACAUUUAUUCUAUUUCUGCUGCAUUUUAUUUGAAAAAAGAAAAAGAUUAUAUCUUCAGUCAUUUUAUCUAAACGUGCCCACUAGUAGUCGCUGAGAUUAUACAUACUAUAUAAUAUCCAGGGGGUUAUGAAUUAUAUUUAAAAAAUAAUAGUCACUGUUAUGGUUGUUAUAGGAAUGAGUGAUUGUUGCCAUACUUAACGAGAUUUAAUCCUCACACACUUAUUCAGGAAGCAGAGUUUAAGAGGUUUCAGCUAAUCAGAAGUCUAAAGAAGA